AUGGGUUCGCCAUCUUUGAGUCCACGGGAGACGCCGAGAGAGAGGUGCAGUCUGUUCGUAAGCUGGCCAGAUGGUGUGGACUUGGAGAAAUACAGCUUGAAUGGAAGCAAGUUGUCACCAAGUGUCAGGCGGACUGAGAACAUGAAUCUGCUUUCGAUGGCCCUGCGCGAUGCUGUCCUGCCCGGGGCACAUUCUCUGGUCGAAGUUCGAGAUGGCUCAAAAUGUUUCAUGAAUUGUCCCAAUGUAUCCGUGCAUUUCGAUCAUGCCUGGGUGAUUCCGCCUAGCCUUUUCGAUGACAGUGACAUGGAUCCGCAGGUGGGGCCCUCUCUAUGCCCUUUUGCAGGCAUUUCUUACCCCAGCCAUAGCUUCGAAGCUCCAUGCCCUCCUCCAAACAACCCCAACGAAUCUCGACUGAGAAACCUACUCCUGCUCUCCCCUAGCAUCCAUUCGGCCUUUCGAAAUGGUGAUAUACAUCUUUUUCCUAUUACUAAUACCGUGGACUGUUUGAAUGACGAAACCGAGACCAAGAUCAAAUCUGCAAGCAAAGUUUAUGUCAGUGUCUCUUGGGAUCUUGACCUGCACCCUGGGUAUGUCCAGCUGACUUCACAACAGUACUUUGUUUCAAGAAUUGAGCCCAAGACUUGUGGCUCGCUGUUCCUGAGCGAUGAUAGCCCAUGGAACGAUCCAAUGCAAAUGUUCACAAUGGAGAGCCGGGACGCCAAACUACCUCUCCCAGAUCCGUUCUUGCUCCGAACACACUUUCGCAUUACAGCCUCUUUGCAUUUAUUCCAUGUUGAAGAGAGUAUAUCUAAAGGGUGGCCCUCGCCUCCGUUAUUUGAGUCCGAGGACAUUGCGCUCUCUCUGGCAUCUCGUCCCCAAAUGGAUACGUAUCCAGUGCGACGGCUUGCUUAUCAAGCUUGGCACCUAUCUCUAUCCAUGGUCUUGUCCACCGGCUGCCACUCGGACUCUUCGGGAAGGAAUGUGCUCGCUCUCCACGCAAGGAAGCCGAGGCAUUGCGUUUAUUUCCCUUCCGGCACAUGUGGUGCGUUCAACUCGAUCUUUGAUUUCAACGCCUUCCUUGUCCAUCGCUACGUGCAUCAGGAGACGGAGAGAAAAUUUCGGCAGCUCACGCCCGAAAAUGCUGGGUUUUAUCCAGAAUAUUGGGAGUUUACGAAGCUUGUGUAUGGUGCUGAGAGGAUUCCAGAGAUUCGGGAGAUUAUUUGGGAGGCAUUCACAGAGGUAAAUUAUGAUGAGGAGUUGGAGGCUGAGACGCUCCUAUGGAAUGAUACGCCGUUUGGUAUAUGA